GCGCCAGCGAGCUAUCUUUUCAGCACCCGCGGGCGGACAGCUCCAGGUCCCGCCCCCGAGCCGCGAUGAUUGGUCGAUGUUGUCCCCGCCCCGCCUCUCCGGGCCGUUCGGCGCGCCCGCAGUGGUCGAGCGCCCGGGGCCCCCGCCCACCUGUCCUCGGCCCCGCCCCACCCCAGGCCCCGCCCCCUUUUCGCAUUGCAGGGCGGCCGGAGGUUGGCACCGUGCCCUCUGCGCCCCACGUGGCACGGGGUCCGAGCCGGGGGGAGAGGAGACGAAACCGCAGAUGACUCCCCCUCCUCUCCCCUCCCUUCCCCUCCCUGGAAGCUGCGGCCGCUACUGGAGGGGGCGGGGUGGGGAGCUCAGCCAGGAGAGCUGUGGGGAGGGGUGACGUCAGGGUGAGUGGGAGCCAAAGAAGGGGCGUGUGGGAGAGAAGGAACAAGAAAGAGGGAGCGAGAGAGAGAGCGAGCGAUAGAGAAGAGAGAGAGAGAGAGAGGCAGGACCCGCAGGUCGGGUCGAGUGAGAAGCCAGGGUGGGAAGAGAGGAGGAGGGAGGAGGCAGAAGGGAGGACAGAAACCGCAGCAGAGGACAGCCAGUUGGGAGUUCCAGGGCUGCAGGGCCAGGUGGGGUAGGAGCUGCUGUCCGGGAAAGCUGGGAUUGGGGGGUGUCGGGGGAGGAAGAGGAGGAGAAAAGAGGGCUGAAGAGGAGAGGAAGGGGUGGGGGGAGACAGAACUGCCAGUUUUUUGUUUGUUUUGUUUUUUGCGGGGGUGUGCAAGGAGAGGAGUGCUGGAAGAAGGGAGGUGAGAGGGAGCUGAGAGGAAAGAGGGGUAGGGGGUGAGGCACCAGGUACCAGGUGCAAGAGGAGGAGAAUCAGGAGUGGGCAUGUGGUCAGGAAACAGCUUAGAGGGGUGCCCAGCAACAGCCAUGGAAGGGACCAGUGGAGAAAUAGGGGAGCAGGGGAGCUGGGGUCUGGAAGAUGGCCCCAGCCUCCUGGCAAGAGCCUCCUUGCCCACCUGGCCGCUGCCUCUGGCCUCCUCGGCCCUCACUCUGCUCCUAGGAGCCCUCACUUCUCUCUUCCUCUGGUACUGCUAUCGCCUAGGCUCCCAAGACAUGCAGGCCUUGGGGGCUGGGAGACAAGUUGGGGGUGUUGGUGGCGGGCCUGGAGGGUGCUCUGAGGCUGGCAGGUCAAGCCUGGGGAGCUCCGGGGAGCUUGGGGAAGAACCCAGCACAGAAGGCCUAGUAAGCCGCCGCCUUCGGGCCUAUGCCAGGCGCUACUCCUGGGCAGGGAUGGGGAGGGUGAGGCGGGCAGCUCAGGGUGGCCCCAGCCCUGCGGGAGGCUUUGGGGUCCUGGGCAUCCAGCGUCCAGGCCUGCUUUUCCUGCCAGACUUGCCAUCGGCCCCCUUCGUGCCCCGGGAUGCCCAGCGGCACGAUGUGGAGCUCUUGGAAAGCAGCUUCCCUGCCAUUCUGCGGGACUUUGGGGCUGUGAGCUGGGACUUCUCAGGGACAACCCCUCCGCCUAGGGGCUGGUCCCCACCCCUGGUGCCUGGGUGCUACCAGCUCCUGCUGUACCAGGCUGGCCGGUGCCAACCCAGCAACUGCCGCCGGUGCCCUGGAGCUUAUCGGGCACUGAGGGGGCUGCGGAGCUUCAUGAGCGCCAAUACCUUUGGCAAUGCUGGCUUUUCCGUCCUUCUGCCUGGGGCCCGGCUUGAGAGCCGCUGUGGGCCCACCAAUGCCAGGGUCAGAUGCCAUUUGGAUGGACACCUGCUCCACUUGGAAGCAGACUGGCCUCAAGCUCAAGGUCAGUCCCUGUGUCUCACCUCCCACCUGUCCCCGUGCUCCAGGCCUUCUGCCGGAUCCUGGCAGAUGAGUGAACAGGCUACACUGUUAACCUCUGAUGUCUUUCUCCUUGGCCACCUUCUGGAAAACUCCAGCUUAGUCUUCAGGUCUCCAGCUUUCAAGAGCUCAGUCUCCUCCAGGGCAUCUUCCUCUUCCCCUUCAUCUGAGUCGACUGCUCACAGCAUUCUACUGUGUAGUCCUUGGACAGCACGGAGUUAUUAUUAUUUUUUAUAAUUAUUACUAUUUUUUGCCUCCAGCAUUAUCACUGGGGCUCAGUGCUGGCAAUAUGAGUCCACUGCUCCUGGUGGCCUUUUUUCUUCUCCCUACUCUCCCCCCUUUUAUUCAAUAAUAUAGAGAGAAACUUGAGUGGGGAGGGGAGAUAGGGAGGGAGAGAAAAAGAUAGAACACUUGUUUUGUGAAGUGUCCUGCUGCAGGUGGGGAGCAAGGGCUCAAACCCAGAUCCUUGCGUACUAGUACUAUGUGCACUUAACCAGAUGCACCACUGCCUGGCCCCCUGGAGUUAUUAUUUUUACCUUCUGGGAAGAAAAAAAAAAAAAGCCUGGCAUAUCUUAGGUUCUUGAGAAGUCCAGGAGAUGCCACUUCCUCCAGGAAGCCUUCCUCUCUUUCUGCAACAGAACAGACUAUGCUUGGCAUCGCAUGUCCCCACCUCCUUGUGCUUCUUCCAUCUGGGACUGCACUGUGAUUGUGUGUGAGGUGUUUGGACGCACUGAUCUCUUUCCACAGGCCUGAAGAUCCCCCCUGGCUGUGAGCUGGUGGUCGGAGGUGAGCCCCAGUGCUGGGCUGAGGGACAUUGUCUGCUUGUAGAUGAUUCCUUC